AAACCGGAGCAAGCAGCUCGCCAUCGCCAUCUUCAGCGUCUCCAUCAUCUUCCUCCACAGCUCCUCCACCUCGGCCGGGAGUAUCCCAGAGGAGCCGAUUACUUCAGGGAGCGUCUGCGAGCCUUCUCCAAAAACAAGAGCGAGCAGGAGCCCGAGCGGAUCAAGGACAUGAUCGCCCGCGGAGAGUUCGUGGCCCGAGAGCUCGAGGCGCUCUAUUACCUGAGGAAGUUCAGAGCCAUGAAGAAACGCUACUGCGACGAGUGACACGCCCACUGACACGCCCACUGACACGCCCA